AUGUCUACCAUCAUUUACCCUGAAAACACUUCUCCUGCUGCUGAUGCAGAGGCCAUUAGGAAGGCUUGUCAAGAUUUAGGUUGGGGGACAGAUGAGAAGGCUAUAAUUUCAAUAAUUGGCCAUAGAAAUGCAACUCAAAAGAAACUAAUUAGACAAGCUUAUGAGGAGUUAUACUGUGAAGAUCUUGUCAAGCGCCUUGAAUCUGAAUUAUCCGGACAAUUUGAGAAAGCAGUAUACAGAUGGAUUCUAAAUCCAAGAGAUAGAGAUGCAGUAAUAUUGCAUGUUGCAAUUAAAGAAAGAGCGAUCCCAAAUUAUCGCGUGGUUAUUGAGUACUCAUGUAUCUAUUCCCCUGAAGAGUUGUUGGCUGUGAAGCGUGCCUAUCAAGCUCGUUACAAGACAUCUGUAGAAGAGGACAUAGCUCAGUAUUCUACUGGUCAUCUUCGCAAGGCAUCUUUCUUUCUUUUUUUUUUCCUUGUAUUUCUACCCACUUUUAUUUUUGUUGCUUGGUCGCGAUGUUUGUGUUUAAUUCCUUUUGCAACAUAUAUACAGUUUUUGGUUGGGCUAGCUGGCACAUAUAGGUAUGUUGGUGAUGAGUUAAAUGCAAGAGUAGCCAACUCUGAGGCUGAUAUUCUUCACAAUGCAAUAAGUACCAAAGAUUUCAAUAAUGAAGAAAUUGUUCGAAUCAUUUCUACAAGGAGCACUACUCAACUCGUAGCAACUCUUAAUCGCUACAAGGAUCAUUAUGGCUCUUCAAUCACCAAGCACUUGUUAGAUGAUACAAAUGAAGGUAAUAAAGAAUACCUACUAGCACUGCGUACAACAAUCCGAUGCAUUAGUGACCCCCAAAAAUACUAUGAAAAGGUAAUUCGCUAUGCGAUGAACGAGUGUGGGACUGAUGAAGAAUCAGUGACAAGAGUGAUAGUUACGCGGGCUGAGAAGGACUUGAAGGAGAUUAAAGAAGUUUACUACAAGAGGAACAGUGUCACUCUUGAUCAGGCAAUCACCAACCACACUUCUGGAAAUUACAAGGCUUUCCUCCUAACUCUUUUGGGAAAUGAGUAAUUUAAAAGGAAACUUUCUUUCUAUUUUCUAAGUUUAAGCUUAGGAAGGGUUUGAGUUGAUCUCUCUAAUUAAAGAACAACAAAAACUUGGCCUGUCUUUUCUCUUAAUAUUGUUUUGUUUUAUCAAUUACUAAGUACUUUUGGAUUUUAAAAAUAUCUUUUCCAUCAAGAUGAG